AUGUCGCAGGCCGACUUCACUUCAGCCGACGCUGCGCAGGUCGCGGCCAUAUUUCAAGAUAUGCUGCUGGCUAACUUCUGCGGCGUAGCCGCUACCACACUCCUUUUCUACGAUUACGUGCUCAUGUUUUCUCGCGAAUUCUACUACACGAAGGUAGCUUUCGUCGUAGCCCCUCCUCCUCUUGUUGGCUGUGCCGAUUUGGUCAAUAUGACUUCUAGUGCUAGUGAAACACGUAAGCAACUCAAGCGCACGGUGCUGCUCAGAGGCGUACCUUCUGAUGUUUACUAUGCACAGUCGGCAUAUUCAACUACGCUCGAGAUCAAGCGCUCCUUCGCCGCUAUUGGGACAAGAGCGAAGGACAGUUUGGAGACGCUGGUGCAAUCUCGCGAACUGUCUUAUGUAUCUCUGAUACAACGAGACGGAACAAUUUACUUCCUUGCUCUGUUGAUUCUCAAUGUAGUGGAUUUGGUCGCGAUAAAGAAUCAGGUUAUUUCACUUCCAACUACCCUCCCAUUGAUUACAUAUCUGACACCUUCGAAGACUUUUGGGUCUUUACCUGCCCUCACAGAGGUAUUAACAUCGAUCCUCAUCUCCCGCUUCCUCCUCGACCUGCGCAGCGUAUACCUGUCAAGUCGUGGGAUGGAUAGUAACAAGGAAGGCUCGUCAACCGAUUCGCACUUGUCGUCUAUCCUUUUCGCGAGACAUAGCGUCGCUGGAAAUCUCGGAGCUCCCCUCGAGGCUAUGGUGUACAAUCCCGAGGAAAGCUACGAGCAAGUCGCUGCCGAGGAAAUUGCAUAUGUCGCGGCGGACCCGUUGGCCAUGGGGCUGCAUUCAUCUCCCGGGGACGAUCACGACUACCAUGAUGAUUGUGAUACGGACUUACGUCCGCUGAAAGAGUAA